AUGGCCGACCAAACCUCGCCCACUGCAAAGAAAUCGAAGAAGAAAUCCAGAGGGAUAGGAAAACUCUUUCGAGAUCUGAUCAAGCGACCCAAUUCUGCCAACGACUCGGCUUACCAGUCGAAUUCCACUGUCUCCUCUGCAUCAGGCGCUCACCAUGCAACCGAUGCAGGAAAUGCAGAGCCGCCGGCUUCAAGCGGCAAUGCUAUCUUGAAUAACAAUCCUACCGUCCCCUCCCAGUCAGCAAGACCUUCGUCAAGUGUUCUAGAUCUGCAGGAGUCCGCCGUGGGUCAAGAAGGGGACAACCGCAAAGCCAGUCUCACUUUCACUCCUGUUGCGGGACCAGUCUCAACGAAUACUCAACCUCAGGCCUCGGAUUGGAAGGCGACUGCAAGAGAGGGUGUUAAAGUGGCUGGGCGGUUCACGGAAACGCUCCUCAAGAAGGUGCCGGGAUGUGUCAGUGCAAAUCCGGUCCAGAUGGCAUUCUCCAUCGCUAAAGUGAUCAUCGAAAUGAAAGAUGCGGUUGGAAGCAACAAAGACGGGCUUGUACAACUUCUCGAAAGAACGGCAAACAGACUCCUGACUGUGGAGAGCAAGGAAGUUAGUGGUAAGGCCGCCGAGGAGGCGAUGGAGAAUUUCAAAAAGAUCAUUGGGGAAGAAAUGCAGAAGUUGAAGGCUCUGGCCAAUGAAUCACUCCUUAUAAAGGUAGUAGACUACGAAGCGUAUGGGACAAGGAUCCGGCAAAUUUUUCAACGAGUCGAAGAGGCCACCACGUCCUGGUUUUUCGAAAUGACGAUAAGCAUCCAGCAAACGGCGAGACAAAUACAAGAUGACACCAAGAGAGAGCGUUUGAAUCCCUCCGAGAAGGCUGACCACAGAACCGUCUUUGAAGGACAUGGCCUGAAGCGCGAAGCGUGCACGGACGGAACGCGUGUCAAGAUAUUGGAGGACAUCACGAAAUGGGCUAACGAUUGCUCAUCGGCCAGCCCGCGUGUCUUCUGGCUGACCGGUCAAGCUGGAUCCGGCAAAACCACCAUUGCAUAUACCAUAGCCAAAGUGUUCGCGCAAGAUGCCAAUCCCAACCAACAUACCGUCUUGGGCGGCAACUUUUUCUGCUCCCGACAAUUUGAAGAAACGCGAGCCCAGACCCGUAUCCUUCCCACCAUCGCCUACCAGUUUGCUCGUAAAUGCAAACCCUAUGCAGACGCCUUGCAUGAUGCCGACAAAUUCGACUCUGUCAAAUUCGAUGUUGCCACCCAGCUGUCGGAUCUUCUUGUCGGGCCUUGGCAGCAGUCUGAAAGCACACGGGGUUUAGGACCGCGGCUGUACCUGAUCGUCAUCGAUGCUCUUGAUGAGAUCGAGGGCGAAGGAGGAUCGGCAUUUCUAGGCGACCUACUCCACACAAUUGACAAAUACGACCUAAGAGGUCUCAAGUUUCUUGUGACAAGCCGGUCAGAUCCUGAACUCGUUGAGCGCUGCAAAGCAUUCACGUCCGAGGCCGUCUGUCGUCUCCAAGAUGUGCCGAUUGAGGAGGCUAAGUCAGACAUCAGGAUAUACUUCAAAGACAAGCUGAAGAAGCUUGACGGCACUCCAGAGCUGACUGAGCUUGAGCAGCGGGUUGAUGGUCUCUUCAUCUACGCUGCAACUGCGGUGAAGUACUUGACCCGACAUCGCUCAACCACUGUUCGUGAGCAGGCAAAGAUGCUCAAAGACCUCCUUGGUUCCGCGGGCAAGGCUACAUCCUCGAUUGAUGAAUUGUACCGUCGAAUUAUGUGGGACACCUUCAAAGAUAUGGAGGGAGAGAUGUUGAUUUGCAGGUUGCGCAUCCUUUACACCUUCCUAUGUACGGCUGAACGCACGUCCAUCUCCACCGUUGCUGCGCUCAUCGCGGACGGCGACAAUGAAGUUGCACAGGCUGUUCUGGAUGAUCUCCACGCUGUGCUUUAUUCCCAAGACGAUCGAGUUUUUUGGUACCACGCCUCUUUUCCUGACUUCGUUUUUGAUCCAGCACGGUCAAACUUCCGCAUCGGUGAGAAGGACUUUGCAUUUUCAUGCAAUGUGCCCACCCAUCACAAUCUUCUCGGCAAAUCUUGCUUCCAGAUAAUGAAGUCUGGACUGCGAUUUAAUAUGGGCAAUAUACCAUCAUCCUUCCUGUUUGACAGUGAUAACGCCGUAGCGCUGGCCGAACAGGUUAACAAAAACAUCAGUGCCGUUCUGAGGUACUCAUCUCAGCACUGGGCUCACCACUUGCCCUCACCCCAGUUCAUCAGUAUCGAUAAUCUCCUCCGCUGCCUUUCGGAGUUCCUUCAAAUUCGUGUCCUGUUCUGGAUUGAGGCCAUGAACCUGCUUAGCGUACGCAAUCAGUGUACUCCGAUGCUUCAACGUGCACGUGAGUGGGUUAUGAAGUGCGGGAACGAUUUUUUAGAAUUGGCGCGUGACAUUGGUGAAGCUGCCAACUUCGCUACUUAUUUCACUGGGAGCCCCGCUGCCAAAUCGACGCCGCACCUGUACAUCUCGGCGUUGGCAACAUGGUCACGGAACACCAGUCUCUCUCAAAAGUGGAAAAACCAAUUCACUCGCAUCCCUGCCUUUACACAUACCAAAGGAGUUAUUGAUUUGCCAUUGAUGACCAUAUCAGCUGGGGCAUCAAUUAGAUCAGUCGUGAUUUCGAGUGAUGGGACACGGAUUGUGUCUGGCUCGUAUGACAAGUCUGUGCGGGUGUGGGAUGCAUCAACAGGUGUGGAGCUGAAGAAGCUGAAGGGUCAGACUAGGAUAGUCAAUUCGGUCGCAUUUUCGAGCGAUGGGACACGGAUUGUGUCUGGAUCCUCGGACUAUUCUGUGCGAGUGUGGGAUGCUUCGACCGGUGUGGAACUAAAGGAGCUGACAGGCCACACUGAUUCGGUCAAUUCGGUCACGUUUUCGAGCGAUGGGACAUGGAUUGUGUCUGGUUCGCGUGAUGAGUCUGUGCGGGUGUGGGAUGUAUCAAUUGGUGUGGAGCUGAAGGCGCUGAAGGGCCAUACUGACACUGUCAAUUCGGUCGCAUUUUCAAGGGAUGGGACACAGAUUCCAUAUCCAAUCGGUCACAUUUUCGAGCGAUGGGACACGCAUUGUGUCUGGCUCGUGGGACACUCUUUGCGGGUGUGGGAUGCAUCGACAGGUGUGCAGCUGAAGGAGUUGAAUGGCCACACUUCCCUGGUUGCAUCGGUCGCAUUUUCAAGCGAUGGGACACAGAUUGUGUCUGGCUCGAGGGACAAGUCUGUGCGGGUGUGGGAUGCAUCAACAGGUGUGGAGCUGAAGGAGCUGAAGGGCCACACUGGCAGUAUCAACUCGGUUGCAUUUUCAAGCGAUGGGACACGGAUUGUGUCUGGCUCGAGGGACAAGUCUGUGCGGGUGUGGGAUGCAUCAACAGGUGUGGAGCUGAAGGAGCUGAAGGGCCACACUGACGGUAUUCAUUCGGUCGCAUUUUCGAGCGAUGGGACACAGAUUGUGUCUGGCUCGUGUGACUACUCUUUGCGGGUGUGGGAUGCAUCGACAGUCGCAUUUUCGAGCGAUGGGACACAGAUUGUGUCUGGCUCGAGUGACAAGUCUGUGCGGGUGUGGGAUGCAUCAACAGGUGUGGAGCUGAAGGAGCUGAAGGGCCACACUGGCAGUAUCAACUCGGUUGCAUUUUCAAGCGAUGGGACACGGAUUGUGUCUGGCUCGAGGGACAAGUCUGUGCGGGUGUGGGAUGCGUCAACAGGUGUGGAGCUGAAGGAGCUGAAGGGCCACACUGGGGAGGUCAAUUCGGUCGCAUUUUCAAGUGAUGGGACACAGAUUGUGUCUGGCUCGUAUGACUACUCUUUGCGGGUGUGGGAUGCGUCGACAGGUGAUGGGACACGGAUUGUGUCUGGCUCAAAUGACAGGUCUGUGCGGGUGUGGGAUGCAUCGACCGGUGAGGAGCUGAGGGAGUUGACGGGUCACAUUGGGGAGGUCACUUCGGUCGCGUUUUCAAGUGAUGGGACACGGAUUGUGUCUGGCUCGCGUGACGAGUCUGUACGGGUAUGGAAUGUGUCGACAGGUAUUUUGAGUGAUGGAGAUGCGCGCUUUGCUUGGGAUCUGGCAGACUCAGACUGGAUUAUCUCUUCUCGGGAGCAAAACCCCUUUAUGUGGGUGCCAAAGGAGGCCAAUUUGUGCACACCUCUCAAGAUUCUUAUCAUUUCUCGGUCUGGCUUUGCUACAGUUGACUUUGAUCAGUCUAUGAUUGGUGUUGAUUGGGUUUGCUGUUAUACACCAUAGCUACAGUCACGUUGUCGAUUAUACAUAUCAUUCUUCC